GCAUUCAUCAACCCAACUAUUCAUUAUUAAGCAUAGAAAGAAAGACAUACUAGAAGAUCAUCAAUGGCCGUCAAAGUUUAUAUUGUGUACUAUUCAAUGUAUGGACAUGUAGAGAGACUAGCGGAAGAAAUAAAGAAGGGGGCAGAUUCUGUUGAAGGUGUAGAGGCAAAACUAUGGCAGGUACCUGAAUUAUUGCCAGAAGAGGUGCUUGGAAAGAUGAGAGCACCACCCAAGAGUGAUAUACCAAUCAUAACCCCCAAUGAACUAUCUGAGGGUGAUGGUUUUGUCUUUGGAUUCCCAACAAGAUUUGGAAUGAUGGCUGCUCAGUUCAAAGCAUUUCUAGAUGCAACUGGAGGUCUAUGGAAAACUCAACAGCUUGCAGGCAAGCCAGCUGGAAUCUUCUAUAGCACCAGUUCCCAAGGGGGUGGACAAGAAACUACGGCGCUCACUGCAAUAACUCAACUGGUUCAUCAUGGAAUGUUAUUUGUUCCAAUUGGUUAUACAUUUGGUGCUGGAAUGUUUGAGAUGGAAGAAGUGAAAGGUGGAAGUCCAUAUGGUUCAGGAACAUAUGCUGGUGAUGGAUCAAGACAGCCAACUAAGCUUGAGUUGGACCAAGCAUUUCAUCAAGGGAUGUAUAUUGCCACCAUCACAAAGAAACUCAAAGAAGCUGCAUAAUGUUGCUGCAUACACCUAGUUUAUUGAGUUCUGUUUUUUCAUUUCCUAUGCUUGAAAGUAACAUAUUUUUAUAUUUUAUAUUUCAUAAAUAAAUUGUAUUGGUAUGUAUGAGUGAGUACUAUGUUACAUGUAGAGUUACAUGUUGCAAUGUUUAUUGAUAUUUGUUGAAUAAAGAAAAUUUGUCUGUGUUAACAUUUAGGCUUAA